ACUGUCAAAACAAUAUUAUACGACGUUGUACGAGAAAUUUUCAAUUUUCACCUUUCGCUAUUUUUGUUCGUAGGUUUGUGUUGUGUAAAUAUCAUCACGAUCUCUCUCAUUUCGUUUAAUCAAAGCAAAGUGACUGUAAAGCAAAUUCUUGUUUAUUAAUCAUGGAUUACGAGUUCAAAGUUAAGACAGCUAAUGAACGAACCAAGGUGGAAGACCUUUUCGACUUCGAAGGGUGCAAAGUUGGAAGAGGAACUUAUGGUCAUGUUUACAAAGCUAGAAGGAAGAAUGUAUCAGACAGUAAAGACUAUGCCCUGAAGCAAAUUGAAGGAGCUGGUUUGUCAAUGUCUGCAUGCAGAGAAAUAGCUUUACUAAGGGAACUGAAGCAUCCCAAUGUGAUCACAUUGAUCAGGGUUUUUUUAUCGCACAAUGAUCGCAAAGUGUGGCUUCUUUUUGAUUAUGCGGAACAUGAUCUUUGGCACAUUAUCAAAUUUCAUCGAUCUGCCAAAGCAGCCAAAAAACCUGUCAUGGUACCGAAAGGAAUGGUCAAAAGCUUGCUUUAUCAAAUUCUAGAUGGGAUCCACUACUUGCAUUCCAAUUGGGUCUUACAUCGAGAUCUGAAACCUGCCAACAUUUUGGUCAUGGGUGAAGGUCUGGAGAGAGGGCGAGUGAAAAUUGCAGACAUGGGUUUUGCAAGAUUAUUCACAGCUCCUCUGAAGCCCCUUGCAGAUCUGGACCCAGUUGUGGUAACAUUCUGGUAUCGCGCACCUGAACUCCUUCUCGGUGCCAGACACUACACAAAAGCAAUAGACAUCUGGGCCAUCGGAUGCAUCUUCGCCGAGCUUUUAACCUCUGAACCCAUUUUUCAUUGUAGACAAGAGGAUAUUAAGACGAGUAAUCCGUAUCACCAGGACCAGCUUGAUAGAAUCUUCAAUGUCAUGGGUUUUCCAUCAGAAAAAGAUUGGGAAGAUAUCCGCAAAAUGCCUGAACAUCCCACUCUAUUGAAAGACUUCAAGCGCUCCAGCUACGCAACUUGUUCGUUGGUCAAGUAUAUGGAUCGGCACAAAAUUAAACCAGAUAGUAAAGCAUUUCACUUGCUUCAGAAACUUCUACUUAUGGAUCCAAAUAAACGAAUAACAUCGGAGCAAGCGAUGCAAGAUUCAUAUUUCUUAGAAGAUCCACUCCCCACUCAAGAUGUUUUUGCAGGGUGUGCAAUUCCUUAUCCGAAACGGGAGUUUCUCACCGAUGAAGACCAGGAAGACAAAUCAGACACAAAUAAAGGGCGGCAAACUAACCAAACUAACAAUGGUCAAGGUGCCUCAGACCAGGGAAGUCACAACCAUCAGCACGCUGCGAGUGCCAAGCGAGUACGGAUGAGCGGGCCUCCAGGACAUUUAAGUGUGAGCGGCUCACAACAAACGCAAUCAUCUCAACAAACACAACAAUCCCAACAACAGCAGCAACAGCAGCAGCAACAACAACAACAGCAACAACAACAGCAGCAAAACCAGCAACAAGGUGAUUUUCAUCACUCGACGCACCCGCAAACCAUGAUCUACACGUCCAGUGCCAAUACGCAGCAAGGCAAUUUCACACAAAGAUUUUAAAAUUUCUAUCCUGCCAGUUCGGGAGAUAAUGUACAGUUAUUAUUGUUUCCAGGCCAUUCAAUUGAAAUUCCUGUAAGACAGAUUUUUCGACGAAACGCCUGGGAACUUGAACCUCUGUCAGACUUCCAUGAAGAAGUUGACAGAUUUGGCUGUAGAGUGGAUGUUCUGGUGUGAGGCAGAAGUCUCUGCUUCUUGGAGUGGCUUCUGAUCGAGUACUGGAGUCGCCUUGGGACAAAAUACAGUCUAGUUUUGGCAAUGAUCAAUGAUGGUUUGAAGCUUGGUGGAAGCUGUUCCAACCUUCGACCCCGAUCUGCUGAUAGGAAGAGAAAGAAAAGCCUCAUCUCGAUGACUUGUUUCAAAAAAUCAAGAGUUUGAAGUCGUGGCAGAUGAAAUUAAUUUUGAUUACGUAUGACCACUUGUCAUGUUUGGAUCAUCAACUGUGUUCUUAGCAGAAACUUAACAGAUAAGCUGUACAAAAUGUACCUGCAAUACAAGGAGUAUAGCUCUUUGUCAUUAUUUCGUCAAAUUUCUGCUGAUGGAGCAAUCUGAUUCAAAGGGCUGCCGCAAUUCUAGCUUCAUACUGUUUGAGUCAAAAGAAACUUAGGUAAUUGGCUCCCUAGAAUGUCGACAGGAUCUCAUCAAAAUGCAUAGUGGGUUUAGACCUCCUUGUCGUCGGCUAUGUUGAAGAAUACUCUGCAAGGUGUCAUCCAUAAAUUAUGUCCGCCACUUCUUCCCUUGGCUGACCCUUGUUAUCCCCCCCCCCUUCCAUAAAAAAAAAAAUCACCGUAAGCUAAGCAUACCCUCCUCUGUAAUUAAAAGAAAGGAACAGGACGAAGUCUGUAUCUCUCUUUUGUUUGUUCCCUUUAUUUACUUGGCAUACCUUCAAAAUACAUGCCUGUCAUAAGGUCAUGUUUGACUCCCCCCGGUCACCCUUUUGGGAGACAUUCUCAGAAACCUCAGGUGCCAGCCACAACAUUUGGAUGACCCUCAGUAGCUCUUAACUGUAAAGCCAAGGAAAAAUGCUGCUUGAACAUUUCGAUGGUCCUAACUUGCCUCCAAUAAAAAAUAAAUUUUUUUCUGAAAGUGAGGAAUUUUUUUCUUGUGGAUUUCUCUGUUAAAUUUAUUCUCAAGCUGAACUGAUGUAUCUAAAAAUUUAAAGAAAAUUUAAUUCUCCUCAAGAAUAAAUAUUUUAUCUAAGGAAUUUUGGACAAGAAUGUUCAAAUGUUCAUGUGGCAUUUCUCCCUGGCGCGGCAAUCAACUAGGCACACUCAUAAGGCACCAAUGACUCAUAAGUAGUCGUAUCCAGAUGUUUUUAAUUUGACGUGCGGAAUUUUUUCGAGUCGAUUCAGACAACUUUGUAACAAAUGCUAGUGUGCUUUCAUAUCCUUGGAAUGUAAGAUUUCAUUCAAUAAAAAGGAAGAUUGUUAAAGCACAUGUAA